AUGACCACCGCUACUACGACAGUAAAUGUAACAGAGAGCGAGCGACCAAUGACAACCGCUACUACGACAGUAAAUGUAACAGAGAGCGAGCGACCAAUGACAACCGCUACUACAACAGUAAAUGUAACAGAGAGCGAGCGACCAAUGACAACCGCUACUACGACAGUAAAUGUAACAAAGAGCGAGCGACCAAUGACAACCGCUACUACCACAGUAAAUGUAACAGAGAAUGAGCGACCAAUGACAACCGCUACUACAACAGUAAAUGUAACAGAGAGUCUGCGACCAAUGACCACCGCUACUACAACAAUAAAUGUAGCAGAGAGUGAGCGACAAAUGACAACCGCUACUACAACAAUAAAUGUAACAGAGAGUGAGCGACCAAAGACAACCGCUACUAUGAACAAUAAUGAAGCAGAGAGCGAGCGACCAAUGACAACCGCUACUACAACAAUAAAUGUAACAGAGAGUAAGCGACCAAUGACAACCGCUACUACAACAGUAAAUGUAACAGAGAGUGAGCGACCAAUGACAACCGCUUCUACGACAGUAAAUGUAACAGAGAGUGAGCGACCAAUGACAACCGCUACUACGACAGUAAAUGUAACAGAGAGCGAGCGACCAAUGACAACCGCUGCUACAACAGUAAAUGAAACAGAGAGUGAGCGACCAAUGACCACCGCUACUACGACAGAAAAUGUAACAGAGAGCGAGCGACAAAUGACAACUGCUACUACGACAGUAAAUGUAACAGAGAGCGAGCGACCAAUGACAACCGCUGCUACGACAGUAAAUGUAACACAAAGCGAGCGACCAAUGAUAACCGAUAUGACGACUACUACUUCUGCUACGACAGAAAAUGUAACAGAGAGAGCGUUACCAAAUGCAACCUCUUCCACAAAUAUUUUCACAGAAAGUGAGCGACCAAAGCCAUCCUCUAAUUCAAGUUUUACAGAACCACCAGGCGUUAUCGCAGUUGUCAUUUCCAUAGUUUAUAAUUGGUUUUUUUCUUCAGAUGAAAAUGAAAGAAGUUCAAAAACGACAGAAAAUGUAACAGAGAGCGAGUUACCAAAUACAUCCUCUAAAACAGUAAAUAUAUCGCAGAGCGAGCGACCAAAGACUGUAACCGCUACUACGGCAAAGAAUGUAACAGAGAGCGAGCGACCAAUUACAACCGCUACUACGGCAAAGAAUGUAACAGAGAGCAAGCGACCAAUUACAACCGCUUCUUUGACAGGAAAUGUAACAGAGAGCGAGCGACCAAUGACAAGCACUUCUUUGACUACUACGACAGAAAAUGUUACAGAGAGCGAGUUACAAAAUACAACCUCUUCUACAAAUAUUUUCACAGAAAGUGAGCGACCAAAUACAUCCUCUAAUUCAAGUUCUAACCUCUCAAAACUAACAACAAAAGCAAGGGCUGUAACUUCCACUAAAUCAAUAUUUACGAGAGUUGAGCCACCUGGUACGAAGGUAGUGGGGGAAAUCGGAGUGGAUCUGCAGGCACUCAAGUUACUUUUAACUUUUUUAUUAACAUACUGUGUGUCAUUCUCGCAAUGGCAUAUUGUUAGUGAAUAUACAAAUUGUAGUAUAACUUCAGCAAUCAUCAGCGAAUGCUUCAAUUUUAUGCUUUUAAUCAUUUCAUUUGAUAGAAUACCGACACUGAAUUUCUAUUGUAUAAUAAAGGAAUAA